UUUGGGAGAUCCCCUCUCUAGAUAACGUAUUAAUUAAGUCUAUGAAGAAUCAGAGAAAUGGACCCAAUUGCCUUGUCAAUGGAACCAGAGGACGCUCUACCCGUCAAACCAACCAAGAAGAUGUCAGUAGACUCAGGAGUGGGUCCUGGAGUGAUUGACACAGCCCUUGAGGCCGGGGAAGAUGGUGUGGAUGGCUUUACAACCAGAGAAGCUAAACUGCUGCAAAUGUACUACAGCAAGCUGCUAAUAGCUAUGGAGCCAGAAAUACUCGACCUCAGUGCUGAACUAUUCUCAAAUCAGAAGAUCACACGUGAAACAAAGUAUAAAGUAAUCAAUUGUCCCUACACACCCUCUAGAGACAAAUGUGCGAUUGUUCUCAAAGACAUUGAAAGCAGUGUCUUACUAGAGCCACAGUUCAUGUCUGAUUUACUCUCAUUUUUCGAUUUGGAGGGUCCAGAUAUUCUAAAGCAGCUUUCUAAAGAAAUGCGAUCUAAACUUGAGUCAAUGCCACCUACACCCUUACAUUUAAUGAGUGAACCGCUUCUAAGACCAAGAGGAAAGAUUUGCUUCAAACCUUCCGCUAGUACCCCUGUUGGCUUUUCCCCUGGGCUAAGCUCUAUGUGUGAGCAUUGUGAGUUUCAAAACAAAGCCUUUUUAACCAUGUUCGAGAAAUUUUGCCAAGACUCCCUCAAAGCAAGUCUCAAUUUGACUGAAACUGAAGAACCAAAUGAUAACAAUCACAGUUUAGGUGACGAGUUGCUAACAGAAACAGACACACCACCCACCAGCCAUGGCACUCUACAAGCAAGUCUGGACUCUGAGUUAAUGAAAGCAUCCACCACUCCCUCCGAUAGCUCUGGGCCAAGAUCUUUAGAGUCUACUCUUUUCAAGCCCGCACCACCAAGUAUAGAGCGACAAUGCUCCUACGACAGUGUGGGAGGGAGUGACGAGUAUUUUGCCAAGCUAACCAAUGAUUUCAUAGAAAAAAUCAAGCUUUUUCACCACAAGCAGAAGCAAAGCAAAAAGAGAGCUCUUAGUGAAAAGAAAGUUAUCAGCGAAACACUCGAGCGAACUGAAGAAGAAUUCAAAAAGAUGUCAAUGGAAAGAAGUGUAACCGAACAAGAACUGUUUGAUGCUCAAGAAGAAAUUUCUGUUCUUAAAAAGUCGUUGGAAGAUGCUCAAGCUCGCCAAACAGAGCUAGUAAAAGAAGUGCUUCAAUGCAAGCAGCAGCUACGGAACGAGAAAUGUGUGAACGGAAGUAGUAUGGACUGUAAACACUUUGCAAGAUGCUCGUCACUCGAAAGGGAUAACGUUUCCCUCAAGAGGCAAGUAAAGAAUCUCGAAGAUUAUAGUGCUGAGUACAAAGCCAAGAUAGAAGGCCUGGACAUACAAAUAGCAGUGCUUCUAGGAAAAUAGACUAAGUACUCACUGCAUGCUCAUGGACUCAAUAGAAUUUUUAUCCCUCCCCCAGAUAAUACUUUUACAGCGUGUAAUAAUUAUUAUUAUAUAAUUUAUACACAUUUCAUAAUGUUCUGUGUUGGCAAUAACAAUUUUUUUAUGAAGCAUG